AUGCCUAAAAGUAACAUAAGUCCUGGGGCAUCUAGAGUGAAUAAUCUUACCGUUGAAAAUAUAAAUGGAACAAGAUCAUUGUGUAAAAACUCUGUUCCUGUUGCAGCAAUAUCCCCUGAAAACGCCUUGUCAAGCUUCAUCAAAUCCAGUACUUUUACGAAAUUCGGGAAAUUAUACGAUGAACAGCUUGAUCAGAUCAAUGUCAAUUUUGGUGACAGCUUACCACAUCAAGUCUUUAAUUCAUAGCCAGCAUAUAAAUCCACUCCAACUUCAACCGUACUGUUAUAUUAUGGAAACUUCUUUGUAAUUCAGCUCUACGUAUAGUCCUUUCUCUAAUCCAACUUCAUUUAAUAGACACGUAAAGACAAUGAACACUAACACACUAUAAAUAUACGAUGACCAAAAUAUGAUUUGUACUUGGUCAAUAAACAAAGUACAUUAUAUAAUUAGUACCUCAAAUAUAUAGAUUUUCAAAUAGCUAUAUAGAACAUAGUCGAUUGUCGGUCGUAGUAAAAUGUGCUCAAUUCAAAAUUUUGAACCAGACCAAUUUUUUUGCAUGAGUAGCAUACUAUACUGCACUUGUUGGUUUCAAACAUAAUAUUAUAGAUUUCUAAUGAUAUCUUCAAACAAAUAACAAGUUUUGCUGGAGUCCAAGGCGUUCUUAAUGUAAUUUUAGCCUGCACGAUUUUGAUAUUUUUAUAGUGACGUAGCCAGGAUUUCUAGUCAAGGGGGGCCGAAGCAAUUUUACCCUGUGUCGCUAAGUUCGAAAAUAGUUUGUUUAUAUUAUAAUGUGAAAUGUAUCUGGAUUCUCACACUAUCCAUCUAAUUAGAGUAAAUUAUAUAAAGUGUCAUUUUCAGCAUUUUGGAGUCUAUUUUAAACUGUUGAAUCCAGAACAUUUAAAACAUUGGGAGAUAUUAGUAACGUUUCCAUUACAAGAAAUGAAAAUAUAUUCCACAUGCUUGUACUUGUCAGAAUUUUUCCAACGGGGGGCAGAAUUUUUCCAAUAAUGUGAACAGCACUACUGUUUUACUAAGACGCCGAGACAAUUUUUGUCCCGCGAGAAUUGCUUGCCCCGGACAUAAAGCUGUCUCCGGUUAAUGUGAACAUUGCUGAAAAUUGAAUUAAAAGACAGCUUGACACUGAAAUUUGCAACAAGUCAACUUUAUUAUUUAACAAUACGACAAGAUUUUACACCAAUUAAUUAAGCUAGAUUUAACCCCAAUGUCAGAAUUCGUUAUUGUUUGCCCAGCUGCACUAUGUUUAUGUGCUGUUUUAGAUUAAAUAAUGUGUAAUCAAUAUCAGUGAAAGGCUUUCAGCAUGGGCGUACCGGGCGGGCAGUCGGCAAUAUUGGCUUAUUAUAAAAAUAAAUGGGACGAAUUCUGUCAAUUUUGUGGGAAAUUCGAUUCUGCCAAUUUUGUGACAAAACACCCCUCAGAAAUUUGUAAAUUUUCCCCUUACCCCUCAGAAAAAUUGCAGAGAUCAAAGGAUGCCGACAGGCUUAACCCCUCAGAAACGACGUUUUGAGUCACCCUUCAGAAAAGCUCAUCCGUAGGGGGGGUGUGGACAUUAAAUGGAAUGGCCCUAAUAGUCAGUAUAGUUUAGGUUUCCUCGCGUAGUUAAGAACUGAAGCAAUAAGAUGGAAUACCUCUUAUUAGAACUGAUAGUUGCAACUAUCCAGUAUACAUAAAUUUAGUUUGCCUCAAAAUAAUGUGUUUUUGUUUAGAACAUUUCGACUCAAAGACCAGAGUGGAAGAUUACAUGAUGGAGAAAGCAGGGUCAAUGAUAUGGAACAGCGUAAGAAUGCCAGCAUAUUUUAAUAACUUCCUGACUCUUGCGAAACCGAAUAAAAUGGAUGAUGGCUCGUACGUCUUGGCUGUUCCCAUGGAAGGAAAGCCGAUGUAUUUAAUGGAUGUUGAAGAUCUGGGAGGAUGUACUGCAAGUAAGAUAUAAUGGUAGUGGUGAUGAUGAUGGUGGUGAUGAUGGUGGCGAUGAUAACAGUGGUGGUUGUGAUGGCGGGGUUGAUGGUAAUGAUGCUGAUUGUGGUAACACCGUCACAGUGAUAGCCCUGAUGUAAUGGUGAUGAUAGUGUUGAUGAUGGUGGUGACAAUGGUGAUGAAUAAUGGCGAUGAUGGAUGUGAUAAUGGUGGAUGUGGUACUGAUGGUUAUGAUAAUGAUGCUGGUGAUGAUGGUAGUGGUGUUGAUAAUAAUCAGACUGUGUAUGAUAGAGUUUACUAGAGAUGGUUGAAAACUUGAAAUACAUCAACAUGUUUUCUUUCCUAUUUUCAGGUAUAUUCAAUGAGCCAGAGAACUAUGGUGGGAAAAUUAUUGGAGUAGCCACUGAGUGUAUAACAAUAGGAGAAUUUUGUGAUGUCUUGAACAAAGUUUUAGCCCCACGAGUUUUCAAGGUAACCAGGAAAAAACCUGUGGUCUCUGUUCUAGGGUCAAACUAGAAGGAAUCUUUUCACUUGUGACUGAGAUAAAAUUAUCAUCGUAAAUAAAUAUGAAUGUCACAGACACCCCUGGCUUUUGCUCUAACUCAAUAUGUUUCAUUUUAAAUUAAAGGAUGCUAAACAAACAGCAGAUCAAAUGGCAAAACUUGGUUUCCCUGGUGCGGAAGAAAUGGCAUCCAUGUUCAGGCUUUACCAAAAAGGAAUAGAACGUGAUAUAAAUCUUACAAAGAAACUCAAUCCGAAGGCAAAAUCUUGGAAAGAGUUCGUUGUUAGUCACAAAGUAGACUUUGAAAGUAUCUUGUAAAAUUACUGUCAUUUAUUGCCUGGCGAACUUGGACAACGGAUAUUUUCAUUUUAGUAGUGUUCUUGAACGAUGUAAUUGUAUCUUCGAGUUAUAUUAAACGAGGUGACAUUAUAUGAAGGUGAUAACCAUGGUAGUGAUGGUGGUGAUAAUUAUGGUGUUGAUGAUGCGGUGUUGACAAUAAUGAUGGUGAUUAUAUAUAUGGUGGUGUUGGAGAUUAUGGUAAUGAUGGUUAUUGGUGAUGAUAGUAGUGGUGAUAUACACAGGUAUGCAGAGAUCGUACCUUCCCCCAUCCCCUUCCCUGACCUUCUGAAGAAUUGA